GUGUUUGUCCCGAACUCAAUCUGUCAUCAUGUUAGUGGGUCUUGUGAAGUUAGACUUGGCCUCUGUAGGCUUAACCCUGUUCCUGGGUUUGAUUUUUCUGGUUCUGUUUGAGAUCUUCAGGAUUCAUUCCUACAAAGGUCGAUUUCCUCCUGGUCCAACACCUCUGCCUUUUGUGGGAAACUUACCACAUUUCUUGAAGAGCCCAAUGGAGUUCAUAAGAUCCAUGCCUCAAUAUGGAGAAAUGACCACUAUCUUUUUUGGGAGAAAGCCGGUAAUAAUGCUUAAUACAAUCCAGCUCGCUAAGGAAGCCUACGUUCAGGAUGUUUUUUCUGGAAGACCUGCUAUACCUCUUUUUGACUGGAUAACUAAUGGACUCGGUAUCGUGAUGGUCACAUUUAACAACUCGUGGAGGCAGCAGAGACGGUUCGCUCUGCACACACUCAGGAACUUUGGUCUGGGGAAAAAAACAGUAGAAGAUCGUGUGUUAGAGGAAAGCCGACAUCUAAUUGCUGAAAUGCUCAAAGAAGAAGGCAAGUCAAUGAAUCCCCAGCAUGCCCUACAAAAUGCCAUUUCCAACAUCAUCUGCUCCAUCGUAUUUGGAGAUCGCUUUGAGUAUGAUAACAAACGCUUUGAAUACCUUCUGAAAACCCUGAAUGAAAACAUCAUGCUCGCAGGAUCAGCUGCAGGACAGAUUUUCAACUUAGUCCCCUUCAUCAAGCAUUUCCCUGGUCCACACCAGAAGAUCAAGCAGAACGCCGAUGAAUUAUUAGGUUUCAUCCGAGACGAAGCUAAAGAACACAAACAAACUCUGGAUCCAGACAGUCCACGAGACUUCAUUGAUGCAUAUCUACUAGAGAUCGAGAAACAAAAGCCAAGCAAAGACUCCACGUUUCACGAAGAAAACCUGGUUGUGUCAGCAUCUGACCUGUUUCUGGCUGGAACCGACACCACAGAAACCACCAUCAGAUGGGGACUCAUCAACUUGAUUCAAAACCCAGAUGUACAAGAGAGAUGUCAUGAGGAGAUUGUUCGGGUUCUGGGUUAUGACCGCUUGCCUAGCAUGGAUGACCGUGACAAACUACCAUACACUCUUGCCACAGUUUACGAGAUUCAGCGCUGUGCAAACAUUGCUCCUAAUGUGAUGCAUCAAACCAUUCUACCCACAAAACUACAUGGAUACAACAUUCCUCAGGGAACUAUAAUUCUUACAAACUUAGCUGCAAUUUUCAGCAAUAAGGAGCACUGGAAGCAUCCCGAUGCAUUUAACCCAGAGAAUUUCCUGGAUGAGAACGGACACUUCAGCAAGCCGGAGUCUUUCAUUCCAUUUUCACUGGGACCGAGGGUCUGUCUGGGUGAGACACUGGCGAGGACGGAGCUCUUCUUGUUCAUCACGGCUCUCCUACAGAGGAUUCGUUUCUCCUGGCCACCUGACGCAAAGCCCAUAGACAUGGAUGGCAUCAUGGGUCUUGUUCGCUCUCCUCAGACCUUUAACGUCGUCUGCCACAGCAGAGACAACGUAAAGUGAUCUGAAACAAAUCAGACAUCAUAUAAUCACACACAAAAACUCAACAAUACCAACAAGCCACUGAGGCACACCAGACCACUUUCUAAACCUCAGGCUACAGCUUUUUCUUUGCAGUUUGGCCAGUUGUCCUCAUGUUAACGCAGUAUCAGGUCAUUGAAAAUGAAUAUUUGUGAAAACCCAUUGCAGGGUGAGGAUUUUCAGAAACUCUGGUUACAGUGUUAUGUUGGAGAUUUUACCUCAUGGCUGUUUUCUCCUUUAUUUGAUGUAAGCUUGUGUGCCGCCAUCUCUCUUUUUCAGGAUUUUUGCAUUUUCAUGUGGAUGUGGAUUCUUUAAAUAUGUAGAAAUUGUUAAAAAAAAA